AGCCCCACCUUCCAGGGCUCCGGGCCCUGAGGUAGCUGCCUUCCUCCUCCUGAGUUCAUGGUCACAGCCCCAGACUCAAUGGGCUCCCUCCAGCACAGCUAUUUCCAGCUGCCACAGAUGGAUGACUCGUGGGCCCAGCUGCCCUGGCCCGGGCCACCCCAUCCAGCCAUGCUGCUGGUCUCCCUCCUCCUGGCAGCUGGCGUAAUGCACUCAGAUGCUGGCAACAGCUGCCCGGUCCUUUGCACAUGCCACAACCAGGUGGUGGAUUGCAGCAGCCAGCGGCUUUUCUCUGUGCCCCCAGACCUGCCAAGGGAUACCCGCAACCUCAGCCUGGCCCACAAUCGCAUCGCCACCGUGCCACCGGGCUACCUCACGUGCUACAUGGAGCUCUGGGUGCUGGACUUGCGCAACAACUCUUUGGUGGAGCUGCCCCCGGGCCUCUUCUUGCAUGCCAAGCGCUUGGCACACCUGGAUCUGAGCUACAACAACCUCAGCCACGUGCCGGCUGACAUGUUCCGAGAGGCCCAUGGGCUGGUACACAUUGACCUGAGCCACAACCCAUGGCUGCGGAGGGUGCACCCUCAGGCCUUCCAGGGCCUGGUGCAGCUCCGAGACCUGGAUCUGAGCUACGGGGGCCUGGCCUUUCUCAGCCUGGAGGCGCUGGAGGGCCUGCCAGGGCUGGUGACCCUGCAGAUUGGUGGCAACCCUUGGGUGUGCGGCUGCACCAUGGAGCCUCUGCUGAAGUGGCUGAGGAACCGGAUCCAGCGCUGCACGGCAGAUUCUCAGCUGGCUGAGUGUCGAGGGCCCCCUGAAGUGGAGGGCGCCCCACUCUUCUCCCUCACUGAGGAGAGCUUCAAGGCCUGCCACCUGACGCUCACCCUGGACGAUUACCUCUUCAUCGCCUUUGUGGGGUUUGUGGUCUCCAUCGCCUCCGUGGCCACCAACUUCCUCCUGGGCAUCACAGCCAACUGCUGCCACCGCUGGAGCAAAGCCAGCGAAGAGGAAGAGAUUUGA